GCGAGGAGGGAGAGGAGGAGGCGAGGAGGGAGAGGAGGAGGCCAGGAGGGAGAGGAGGAGGCGAGGAGGGAGAGGAGGAGAGGAGGCGAGGAGGAAAUGCGCGGAGCACGCGGUUCGGGGGUGGAGCGCAGCCUCGCGCACCGCGUACGCGCCUACCUCACUCAGACGAGUCACCACGUGAGCCCGGAGGUGAUCGCCACAGAUCUGCAGACGCAGUACCGGAACGACUAUGGGAGACGGAAACGGACAGCAUUUCGCAUACAGGUGGAAAAUGUGUUACGAGCCAUCGGCAGGGAGGACAAAGAAGAGGCGGAUGGACUGAGUCCCCUGGAGCAGAGGCACAUGGCGAAGCGGUUCAAGGAGAGCGGUGCGGGGUGUGAAUCGAGCAGCAGCAGCAGUAGCAGCAGCAGCUGGGAUGGUGCUGACAGCGUACAUGAGUUUCCCUACCCGAAGGUGAACCUGAUGAAUCGAUCUCUGAUGGAUUUGUACAGACAAGGGGGGAGUAGGCCCACAGGCAGCGUGGAGGGGGCAGUGGCUAGGGGAGAUGCGAUGGCCGUGGAGGAAAGGCCGAGCACAUCGACGCGGCCCCCACUCAUGCAGGCAGUUGAGGAGCAGCCUCCUUCGUCGACUGGCUCGGUGGCGGCGCAAUGCCAGCAGCCCAAGGCGAGGUUUGUGAUCCCGGUGGCUGGAGAGCAAACGGCAUCGUCGUCGAGCGAGCACGGCCACAACCGGAAGGAUGCGAGGCCUGAAGAAAGGAACACUCGUGCAACAAAGAACGAGAGGGCUGUCGCUGCUGUACCUGCUCCUGGCUUGGCCCCGGGCAGCGCGAGCACUCCCAAGCAUGGCGGAACCGGGCAGAGGAGCUUGUGGAGGGACCCCGUUCAGGGACAGGCAAUGGCAAAUAAUAACAAGAAGUUAAAAUCGAAUUCAAAGAAGAAUUUAAAACCUAAAUCAACGCAAGAUGGAGAUGUGGAUGAAGAAAUAAAGCAAACAUUACUGGAGAAAUCGGGGUUCGCCAGACUGCAAACCUCGACCUUAAAGUUUGCAGAUGUUGGGGGAAAUGAGAGCAUGCUGCUGGAGUUGUGUAAACAGCUGAUGCACAUGCGGCAUGGUGAAGUAUGGACGCACCUGGGUGUGAGCCCCCCUCGUGGGAUCCUGCUGCAUGGCCCCCCAGGCUGUGGGAAGACGCUGCUGGCUCAGGCAAUCGCUGGGGAGCUGGACGUGCCGCUGAUUCAGGUAGCGGGACCUGAGGUUGUGUCAGGAGUCUCGGGGGAGUCGGAGCAAAAACUCAGGGAACUUUUUCAGGUGGCUUCGGAGAGUGCACCAUGCGUGCUGUUCCUUGACGAGAUCGAUGCCAUCACUCCCAAGAGGGAAAUGGCGUCCAAGGACAUGGAGCGGCGCCUGGUGGCCCAGCUGCUCACCUGCAUGGACGGGCUGCAUGGCGGUGGCGCCGUGCUGUGCAUCGGUGCCACUAACCGGCCGGAUGCGCUCGACCCUGCGCUGCGCCGCGCCGGCCGCUUUGACCGUGAGAUCUGCCUCGGCAUCCCCGACGAGAAUGCGCGAGAACGCAUCCUGCUCGUGCUGUGCCGGGGCUUGCGGCUCAAAGAGGAGUUCAAUUUUAAGCGCCUGGCCCGGCUGACCCCGGGGUAUGUAGGCGCCGACCUUAUGUCACUGUGCCGCGAGGCCGCCGCUUCUGCGGUCAAUCGGGCCUUGCAUGCUAUCGACGGUAACUUGGGAGGAUCAAUAGAUAAUGGUGGAGAAGACAUGGCUCCCACACAAAACCCUGCCGUUGAGCCUGACCCAGCCAAAGCACAAGGCCUGGAAACCUUACGAAACCAGCUGCCCUUCGCGAAGAGAAGGGCAAUAAGUGACGAGGCGAGCGAGUUGGAGCGUGCCCUGCGCUGGCUGCGCGACCCCAGCCCCUUGCCCCCGGAGGUCCUGCACUCCCUCUUCCUUGAGACGUGCGACUUCGAGGUGGCGCUCUCCUGCGUGCAGCCAUCGGCCAAGCGCGAGGGCUUCGCCACCGUGCCCGACGUGACGUGGGACGACAUUGGGGCGCUGGAGGCAAUUCGAGAAGAACUAAGCUUGGCCAUUCUGGCACCGAUCAGGCACCCGGAGAUGUUCCAAGUGCUUGGCUUGACGAGCCCAGCGGGAAUCCUACUCGCCGGACCCCCUGGUUGUGGCAAGACAAUGCUCGCAAAGGCCAUUGCAAAUGAAUCGGGGCUCAACUUUAUAUCCGUUAAAGGUCCAGAAUUGCUCAACAUGUACGUGGGGGAGAGCGAGCGUGCCGUGCGCCAGGUGUUCCAGCGAGCUCGCAACUCUGCUCCGUGUGUCAUCUUUUUUGAUGAAAUCGACGCCAUCUGCCCGCGACGCUCUGACCACGAGUCAGGAGCGAGCGUCCGAGUGGUGAAUCAGCUCCUCACAGAAAUGGACGGGCUCGAGGCUCGUAAACAGGUCUUCAUCAUGGCUGCCACCAACCGCCCUGACAUUCUGGACCGCGCGGUGCUGCGGCCUGGCCGUCUGGAUAAAACCCUCUACGUGGGGCUGCCCGUCAUGGCCGAGCGUGCCGCCAUCUUGCGCACGCUCACACGGGGUGGGACUAAACCUCCUCUGGAAAAGGAUGUGGAUCUAAACGUCAUCGCUGGAGACGGCCGAAGUGAUGGAUUCUCGGGCGCCGAUUUGCAAGCGUUGACCCGUGAGGCCGCCAUUGGGGCUCUGCGGCGCCACCUCAUGGCUGGGGUGAAGGCAGACACUGACAUCAUUGUCAGCAGAAAAGACUUUGACUAUGCAUUUGAGAAAGUGAAGCCUUCAGUCUCCAAACAGGAUAGAGAAGUGUACGAGCAACUGAAGAAAUCCCUGGUUAAUGUGUAACGUGUGCAAUGUUUGAAAUACAUUUUCAUCUUUUACACAUGCACAGUCAUGUACAUAUUUUAUGCGGGUGAAAACUACUUUCGUAAUAAAGCUGCUGUUACACACGCAC